GUUUUGGUUUGGAUAGCAGGAACGGGGAGCAGAUGGGGUAACUUUAGAAGAAUUCCUCAGUCACCUCUGUGUUUCAUCUCCUGAAGUAGGAAGAUGGAGGAAACUUGCCCAGAGCAGAUUUACCUGGGCAAGGUCACUCAGGUCAUUGACCCCAGCAAUUUCUGGAUGCAGAUUGGUACAGAUGAGAGUUUGGCCGAGUUUCUACAGUUUGAGAUAAACCUUGAGGAUUCCUGCCGCACCAUGGGGAUCAGUAUAGAUAAUGUAGAAGAUAUUGGGAUGGGCCAGCUGGUCCUGGUCGACUGCACAGACACGGACAGGAUGUGGAGGCGGGGCCAAGUAUCCCGUGUGGACAGCGACAGUGAAGCAGUGGAUGUACAUUACAUUGACUACGGCGACACGGAGCUCGUCAACAUAGACCGACUCUGUGUAAACCAGGAGGACUUCUUCUCCUACCCAUCCCAGGCCCUGCGAUGUUGUCUGGCUGGCAUCAGACCUAUUGCCAAAAGCUGGACAAGCAGGGCCACAAAGGUGUUCCAGGAAAUGGUGUCCAAUGACAUAUUUCAGACUGUGGUUUUAGCAUUCGAACCAGCAAGCUUCAGAGUCAGUCUUUACACAAACCAUGGCGACGAUGGAAUUGCGGUGUCCCACCUGAUGCUGGAGCAGGAACUCGGACUGCCAUCGGAUGACGAAGUGCAAAGGUUGUUUGCUGACGCUCCCAAACAUUUCAACCCUGACACAUCAUACACGCCAGCAGACUACUCCAUUUGGGGGACACCUGUGAUUGGGGAGGAGCCCAAAGAAGAAGGGGCAUGGCCCGAUUCUGCUCCUGACCAAUCAAGUAGCUCUGAUUCUCCACCUUCUGCCUCCUCCUAUGCCACCCCCAUAGCAGGGGGAGACAACACUGAUAAUGAGUCGGAACCAAAAAUCCAGAGCCAUGACAGUGAGGACGAGGAAGGCAGUGACAGUGAAGGGGAAAGUCGCACACCCGCACAGAUGAUUCCUGAGUUUGACUUUGCAAGGAUAGAGAAAUACUGGGACACUUCCACUGAUAAACUGCAUGAGAAGAUCCAGAUAAAGAGGCACAAUGAGCUGGAGGCGGAGAACAUGAAGCUGAAGGAGGAUAUGGAGGAGCAGUCAGCUCUAACAGCUGUAGCAGGAAGUGGGCGUUUCUCCAUCCUAACCUACAGCAGUGACGAGGAAGGUGAUUUACCCAUCCAUGAUGGAAAGUUUGUGGAUGAUAAGUUUAUUAGUGACAUCUACAACACAAACACCAACAGUGUACCGGAGGACAGCGAAAAACCAGACAAAGAGAAUGAACCACCACCAAUUAUGUUAGAAGGCAAGAAGAAAAAGUGGAAAACAAACGCAGUUCCACCAAGAUUUCAAAAAAAUGAUGUAGAUAAAUCUCCCAAAAAAAGUCGACAUGUUCCCCCUCCUCCCGGGUUUAGUGAGAGCUCUGUGAAGACUGAAAGUGAGGAGAUUUACCCUAAUGCCCUAGAGUAUACUGCUGUGCACUGGAGUGGUGCAGGAGGUGGUCAGGUACUCGGUGCCGGAGAAACAGUGUCAAAUUACCUGGUACCGCAAAGUCACCACAAGGAGAAACCUUUUGUGCCUGCGCCUAAGAAGCUUGGCGUGAGUGAUGAGGUCAGUGCGUCGUGGGUGGAGGAUGUGGAGAUCCUUGGUGACAAUGAUGGGGAAGUUGUACACAUGGACAGGAUUGCUGCGCUAGAACAGACCAGUCCAUCAAAAAUUGAUUUCUACAGAGUAGUCAACCAGAUAUUUGCUGGUGUAAACAAGGAAGAUUACGAUGUGACUGCUGCAAAGCUGAGGAAGCUGUUUUCUACAGACCUGUUUGUAUACCUGGACACUGACCAGCUUCAAGGUGUCAUCAACAUCCUGUUGAACAGGGCUGUGAGGCAUUACGGAGAACUACACGACUGUCUGUUAGAAAUCAUAGAGCUGCUGAAUGUGGCGCAGGACUUUACUGAGUGCAUCGUCGACGGGAUAAAGAAGCUGCAUGAUAUGUUCAUCACGGUGACAACAAAGGGAAGGCAACUUCAUAUGCAGUGCAGCAAGCUGUAUGGGCACCUCUUCAGUCUGAGUCUGUUCUGGGACGACAGCGCCAGUUCCGUACAGAAAUGCAUUUUGGAUUCGGUGGAGCGAUGGAUGUAUUUCAACAAAAAGGGAACACAAACGGGUCAGGAAGACCUGGAACAGAUCUACCUCAGCAGCUUCAAGACAAUCUGGGUGAUCAUCGCAGACAUACUGAAGGACAGAUUCACAGACCGAUAUGACAAUAUUCAGUGGGAAUGUCGGGACAAGCUUUUUGGUGCAAAUAUUCCCAGGUCCACAAAGGAACAGUUGCUUGACCUGUACAUCAACUGUUUUGUGGUGCCAUCGGAGAAGGUCACUGUGGCUGUAGGAUGUCAGACAGAUCCCAAACAGAAAGUACAGACAUCCAGCACAGACCAGGAACACCAAGCACUCCAGACACCCAGUGAAAGUCCAAAAGCGCCGCGACACCGAGGGAGUGAAAGUUCUAAAGCGCCGCGACACCGAGGCUGUGAAAGUCCUAAAGCGCCGCGACACCGAGGGAGUGAAAGUCCUAAAGCACCGCGACACCGAGGGAGUGAUAACUCCUUUUCACUCCUGACUCCUAGUUCUUUUGCUGCUGCAUCAAAUAAUAGUAUGUCAACAGUACCAGGAUAUACCACUCCUCCACGGCCAUCAACAGGAGUUAUCUCCCCUAGCUGUUCGACAGCUCUCACUCCUCUGUCUCACAUCUCCGCGGACAGCAGUGCCUACUUCACACCCGACGAAUCACCAAUUUGUGCCGAUUUCCCUCCCCUUGUUCAUUGUGUGACUGGAGAUGGUGGUAUGAAAGAGAAGAAAACAUGGGUAGACCAGGUUGGAUCACAGCCUGUUGUUGAAAAUGUGCCCAGAAACGACUCUAACAUGUCAGAGAGGGACUAUGCAAGUCCCAAAGGAGCAGAGAGCCGGACAGUUCACGGGUCACCUGGGGAAUCUUGUGACAAGGUAAUACAGAGGGCAGAAGUCAAAUCACCAGACAAAAAGUCUAAGGUGUCGCCACCAAAUACAAAAAAGUCUGUGUCCACUCUUAGUAAGGAUGGUCAACCUCAAAAGACGAAUGCAAAAAAGGUAGUGAAAGAAACGGCAAAGGCGGUACAGGAUACUGCCAAGUCCAAACAUAAAGAGGGACAUCACAAAAAAGGGUCAUUUCCACUGUUAAGGUAUGGAUUAGCCACAAGUGUCCAAAACACCCAUAAACCAACUGGUGACUUAGACACUUCUGAGGCCACACUUUCAUCACACCAUAACUUACAGAAAAAGUUAGACAUGAACUCGAUCAUGAUGGACUUGAUGACCAGUUCUGAUAACACUCGCAACAGUGCAUUGACAAGUGACGCAAAAGCAACACAGGGUUCCAGGAAGAAGAAGAAAAGUGAUAAAAAAUCUGAUCCUAAAAACAAUAACCGGGUAGAUUGGUGGUCCAUGGAUGUGGAUGGUUCCAAUGGCGAGGGUCACGAUCAAGAAGUUGAUCUAGGAUGGUCGGCUCACAGUUCUGACGACUGUGAAGUGUUGUUAAAUGGUGUUAAGCCUCCGAUUACAGCUAAAACAAACUCAACCGCUGCUUUCAAAGCGGAAAAGUCAUCCGGGAAUUCCACAACUCAGGAGGAUGAUGGUGACGUAGAAUGGGAGACGGACAACAGCGAUAAUGAUGAUGCAUUGGUCGCUGCCAUUUUGAAACGUGAUUUAGGAAAUUCUAGGCCAGCUAUAAAGCAACCCUUAAAACACGAGCAGCCAUGUUGGCGACCGGGAGUUAGGAAAUGUACAGGUUGUGGUGACGAUUCACACACGAUCUAUGAAUGUCCUCACAAACACAAAAAUGCCUUCUUCUAGUGGUAGCUCGGACCAAAUUUUCGCAUUUGGUUUAAAUUGUUAUUGUGGCGUACACAAGAGAAACCCUGUCAAUCCAAACUUGUGUGGAAAAGGCGUUUAAUCUGAAUAACCAAAGAUUUCACAAAGGUGUUAUGUUAAAUCAGAUUUCGCAGGUGUUUUUUAAAUUUAAGUCUAGAUUCAAAAAAUGUAUUUGUCCAAGGUACAUUGUAGUAAGUACUAGUAUCUCUUUGGUGCCAUAUCUGUGUGUAAUAGUUAUUAAAAUUUCAUGUAUUGCAGGAAAAAUCUGUCCUGAACAAAACGAUGUUGUUGGAUUGCUGCAACUCCUUUAAAAAUUUGUAGAGAAUCUGUGUCAAGAUUAGAGAAUCCACGGUUCAAAUCCUGGUCUGUCCUGUUGCAUUUUUCAAGUCCUGUUUCAUUGAUACGAGUUUAUUUUGUUUUCAAAAUGUGCCUUAUAAUAAUUAACUGUAACUAAAUAAAACAAACUCUGUUUAGGAGAAGUAAAACAGUUUUAACCCUUUCUCCACUGUACACCAUAAUGGACUCGUCCAGAACAAUGCACGGUCGAGUUUAUUGAAGUUACAUAGGGUUGAAAGGGUUAAACACACUUGAUCCAUUUUGGUACGUUUCCUUAGCAACGUUUCUCGCAGGUUCCCAUGCCAUCUCCUGGAGUGUGGAGCUAAAAUGUGCGGAGUUCAAUUUUUUCCAGUUUCAUAAUCAGUUGGUUACAACAUUAUUUGAUAAAUUCACAUAUAACAAUAUUAUCUUCAACAUCUUGAUUAUUAAAUUGAAUUUACACUUGCAUUGUCCUCAAUAUGAGCAUUAAAUUUGUUAAUUGGUGAAGAUUUUUUUCCUGCACAUAUGUAUAUGUAUUUGUUACUGCAAUAUGUCAAAAUUCUACUUUUUAGUGUAUUUUCCGGACUUCAGACAUGUGACACUAAUGUGUAAAGAAUUGACUAACAGUUUUCACCUUUACUUUUUGAUGAUUUUUUUAAGAAACCAAAGUGGAUCUCGACUAUUAAGACUCGUUGUCAAAGUUUGAGUAAAUUGAGAUCAGUUUUCCUUUUCUACCAGGUAUACCAGGGAUUUU